AUGGCAACUGCAUACCAGUCUACCCCGCGUUGGGAGCAGUCAGUACCUGUUGGCCACGAAAAUCUCCCUCUAGCUUUUGAUUCCUCGUACUCGUUCGACCCCAACCAGACCCCUCGCGAUCCCUCAAACUACAACUCCCGCCGGCCUUCUCAGCACACCGCUACACUCGAUGUCGACGCGUACCAAUUGGACCAGAUCAAACGCGAUAGUGGAAGAAGCAUGAGAAAGGGAAGCAGCAAUUCACGAGGCUCAAGCCCUCAGAAGGGCCCGGUGUCUCACAUACGCCGACCGUCAACAUCUCAUAAUCGACCUUCAGCACCUCUUGCGAUACCUCGUGCCGAGUCUGAAAGUGCUAUCGACACCGAUCCUGAAAGAUCAGCCUGGAUCCAUCGUGACAAACUUGCUCGAAUUGAAAGCCAGGAGCUGGCCGCCGCUGGCUUUGGCGUACCUCGAACAAGUCAUCGUCGCCAGAGUCGUUCUGACAGCCGUUCUGCAAGUCGAUCGGCGAGUCGCAAUGCUGCCUCACGUGCUCAAACGAGUCAGCUUGCCUUUACUGGUGAAAGUGACAUCCCCAAGGUGCCUGGAUUUGAGGAACAAACUGAAGCAGGCGCGAACCAGGACCAGGAUUCUGACGACUACGAGGAAAGGUUGCAGGAAGAGCCUCGGGUAGACCGCAAUAUGUUUAGUAGAAGUCUUCCAAGACCUACUGUAUCUCGCAUCCCUGUUGCAAGAGCCAGCCCUGCACCUGUUUCACAGACCGUCGUCGAACGCGACUCUCCACUACCUCGCAGCAUGAGUAGUCCUCUUGGAGAUAGUGCAAGCAGCAGACAUCGCAGCCGAAGUCUGGGAAACCCUGCUAUGGUUACUGAGCCCGCAAGCACACGAUCUGCGAUGCCCUCGAAGCCAAGGCCUCGCAGCUCCCACAUGCAAGACUCGCCCAGUGCUACCGAAUCGCCUUCACUGAGUCAACGCACAACGCAAUCCUUGACCGCUGCAACCAGGGCUAAAGCAAUGAACAAGGCUGUAGCAGGAGGUUCCGUGGGCCGAAAGACCAUUCCACGUACCGCUUCAAAAGCUAGAAACACUUCGCCCAAGGACAGUCCAGUCAGAAGGCCCACAUCUGGCUCUACCAGAUCUCGGCCGACCUCGUUGCACAAUCGACCAGAGGGAGAAGCGCCUUGGGUUGCCACCAUGUACAAGCCUGAUCCCAUGCUACCACCGGACCAGCAGAUGCUUCCUACUCACGCCAAGCGCGCAAUGCAAGGUGGACAGGAUAGUGCAGAUGAGGCUGAUCAGUCUUACCCACUAAACAUAGACUCUUUGAGUGAUGAAGAACUGGCCAAAAUGGGAGCCUUACCUUCACCCGAGUCAGCUAAAAAGGCGAAUAUCUCUACACCUGGACAGCAAAACUCGAAUACCAUUCCGCCACCAUGGCCGCUCAACACUAUCAAGAGUGAUUCUAGAAGCCAAACUGGAAGUGCUAAGGGUCCAAGUGGUGGAUACACCAUUACUCCAAAGAUUGCACCGCCAAUCGCUCCUCCGAAAUCGCCCAAGCCACCAGCAAAUCAGCCUCAGACGAUCAGCUCGGUAAACGCUGGUGUGCAAAGAGUACCGGACCUCAACGAGAAGGAGGACGGUAAGAAAAAGAAGAGUGCCGCAUGCUGUAUUGUCAUGUAG